AUGCGUGUUGCAUCUACUUUUGUGCGCCCGAUCAUAUCGGCGACGAGACUCACAAUCAAGUCCCGUUACUCUUCUUUUCCCGUGUCCCCCACGUCUUCUGGAAAACAUCAUGUACAAACCACUUUCAACUAUUUCAAACCGCUUUCCAAGGGACAAGAGCCACCAACUAUAUAUCCCUUCAGACCUGAGACACACGACUAUAGUCGUUGGACUGAGCAAGUUCCAGUGACGGUCCAUGACAUUACUGGCGAUGAACACAAAUACUCCCUCGACAACCAUGGUUUCAAAUUCCAUCUUCACAAAACCAAGGUCGCCAACUUCGAUGAUCCCUUGGUCGUGGAGCAGGAGUAUUUCCCGGAAAUGAAACAGAUGCUGAAGGAUGUAACUGGCGCGAAACACGUUUUUCUCUUCAAUCCCAUCCACCGGAAGCCAUCAUCAGAGCGCGGAAAAGCCGCACAAGGUCCGGUCCAGCUGGUUCAUAUUGACCUGACACCCGAGGAUGCCGUCGCUGGCGCACGUCAUGACCUAGGUCCUCAGGCAGAAGAGUUAUUGAAAGGUCGCUUUCAAGUAAUUCACGCUUGGAGACCACUGAAACCUGUCUACAAGGACCCUUUUGCAGUCGCCGAUGCUCGUUCCGUGGCGGACGAAGACCUUGUUCACACAGAGGUCGUCUUUCCUUCUCGCAAGGGCUCUACCUUCAACGUCACUGCCAGUCCGAACCAUCGUUUCUAUUUUAGAUACGGCCAGACGCCUGAUAUUGUCACGUUGUUCAAGAGUUACGAUUCUGAGGUUGGCGUUGCCAGACGGAACCCGCACUCGGCGUUUGUUGACCCAACGACGGUAGACUGCUCAGACAGAGAAAGUUUCGAAAUCAGGGCGUACCUUUUCCACGAAUCACAAUAG